AGUAUUUUUUUUUUUUUUGUCAGUGUUCGUUCUGCCUCUGUUUCUGUUUCUUGGUGACGAAUUAUUGUUAAUUUAUUGGAGUAUCAACUUUCUGUCAUUCCAGUGUUAUUUUUUUUUAGAAGAUUUGUGAUGGUUAAUUUGAGGAAGAAAUUUUGACAAAAAAAAAAAAAAGAAACUUUUUUCCUUCCUAUUUUCUUUUGUUUCGGUCAAUUGUUGAGAAAUGUUGCAAACAAAAAGAAUGAUUGAGAAGUUGAGAUUUGUGUUUGAGAUGGUGGGUUUUGCUGUUUUGACUUUUGUGUUUCCUUAUUAUCCAUUUUUAUUUUCUUUGCCUAUUCUUAAGACAAACAGUGAAGUUUUCUUCUCGCUUACGGUUAAAGAAGAGGGUUUUUUUUUCUUUUUCUUACUUCUAAUGGUUUCUUUUGGGCUUCUAAGAAGAGCAUAAACAACUGUUUUUAAGGGUGGGAAGAUGGAAACUGUCUCUUUUCAUUUGGUGGGUUGAGAAUAUUCUGAAAUGGAUUUUACAGAGUCCACAAAGGUUGUAUACAGUAGAAUUCAGAAGUUGGAGCCUGAAAACGUGAAUAAAAUUAUAGGGUAUCUUCUGUUACAAGAUCAUGCGGAACGAGAAAUGAUCCGGUUGGCUUUUAGCCCGGAUAAUUCGAUUUAUUCAUUGAUUAGUAAAGCUAAGUGUGAUCUUGGACUGAACAAAUUAGCAGUUGCUUCUGCUCCAAUCUCACCUUCACAAGUGAAGCCAACAGGGGCCGUUUCAGACAUUCCUCUACAAUUUACUCCCUUUUCGCCAGCUUCAUCGAACCCUGUCUCCUCUCCUGCAGCUACUUCACAUAGGGCUGCUGUAAGUUCUUUCUGGGAUGCUGCAGUGAUUACUGACCAGCAACAAGUGCACAAUUUCGAUACACAAGGGUAUUCGGAUUCGGUUGCUGAAGAUUAUAGGCUUCAAAACCAAAUGCAGUUCUUGACUUUAGACGAUCAGUUAGAGUUUGCUAAUUCUGUGAGUUCUGAUUUUUCAAGUAAUUACUUUUCUUCAGAAUCUGCAUUAGGUCCUAGAACUAAUAGAAGGUCUCCAAGCAUGCCUGAGUUUCCUGUUAAAAUUUGUCAUUAUUUCAAUAAAGGCUUCUGCAAGCAUGGAAACAACUGUAGGUACUUCCAUGGCCAUCCAAUGCCAGAAAGCUUUUCUAUGAUUUUUAGCCCUAAAUCAAAUGACAUUUCGAAUGAUGAACAUAUUUUCUCACCUGGGUCUAUUGAAAAGCUUGAAAUGGAGCUUACCGAGCUUUUGAAAUCGAGAAGAGGAAUGCCUGUUUCAAUUGCAUCUUUACCAAUGAUGUAUUAUGAGAAAUACGGGAGGACUCUCCAGGCAGAAGGGUAUCUUACGGAGAGCCAGAGACAUGGUAAGGCUGGUUAUAGCCUUACAAAGCUUUUAGCUCGAUUGAAGAAUAGCAUUCGUGUCAUUGACAGGUCGAAUAUACCUCACGGGCAACAUUCAGUGAUUCUAGCAGAAGAUGUCCCUAAGUAUUUGGACUACUCUGGUGAGAGAAAUGAUCCUGGUGGAAUAGUUGCUGGUUCUAGACAGAUAUAUCUUACCUUUCCAGCUGAAAGUACCUUUACAGAGCAGGAUGUUUCAAACUACUUUAGCAAAUUUGGGCCUGUUCAAGAUGUUAGAAUUCCUUGCCAACAGAAGAGGAUGUUCGGAUUUGUCACUUUCGUUUUCGUGGAGACUGUCAAGCAAAUAUUGGCAAAAGGAAACCCUCAUUUUGUAUGCGGUGCUCGUGUACUGGUGAAACCUUACCGGGAAAAGUCAAGGCUUGUUGAUAGGAAGUAUCCUGAGAAAAUACAGCAUUCAAUGUAUUACAGCCCGCACUUUAUGGAUGGAGAUUCUGAUCUUCAUUCAAUUCCAAGAGUUUGUGAUAAUUCAAGAUUACUUAGGAAGCAGCUAAUGGAAGAGCACGGGAAUGUUCUUGAAUUCGAGAGGAGGCGUCUCUCAGAUUUGCAGUUAGCACCAAAAUCUCAUAACCAUCAUUCUUAUUUUGGCUAUUCAAUGGAUGAGUUGAAGUUCUCAGAAGUUGCUGCAGAACAAGCAGAGUUCCCAUCUGCCGAGCGUUUCAAUUAUUUGUUGGACGUUUUGAACAAUGGUUCCUCGAGCGAAGAAAAACUCCGGCACAUAAGUACUAAUUACAAUGACCAAGAUAGCCAAGGACUUAACCUUCCAGAAAGCCCAUUUGCAUCAACGAUAGGUAGUGGUAUUUCUACAGUUAUAUAGAGGAUAAAAGGGAAAAAAAAAAAUACAAAAAUACAUAAGAGAAGUAUUUAUAGAGGUGUAGAGAAAGGAGAGCCCGGUUUCGAAGAUUACAUUCAAGGGUUUGAUACUACAGGAACUUAUUUUUCUUUAGAAAUUUACCUAAACCUGAUCGGUCGCUUAAUACUCGACAUAGGAAAUGGAGGAGAGAAGAAUUACUAGAUGAAGGACUACUUCACUUCUCCAUGGUGGAGGAGAGGAGAUUGCAAAGAAGACAGAAAGAAAGAAGACAGCAAAAGCUAAUAUUUUACAGGUUUCUAAGUUUUUUAAUAUUAAUAUAAAUUUUGAUUAAUGUAAUCACAGAAAAGCAAGCCUGUAGAGCUUGGAUUGGUCUUUAGAAAGAAAAUGUAAUAUAUAGUUUGCUUUUUAGUUGAAAGAAAAAUUAUGCAGAUUUGAGAUUGAAAGAAAGUUGUAGAGCUCUCUGCCAAAACUCAAGUAACAAAUGCUAAUAAAUCUAAUUUAUACUAAA